AUCUGAGCGGUGGACGUGCGAGGAAAGGGUUAAGAUUGUGUGCUGCGACUCGCUCGAGUUUCAGAAAGUUCUCUGGGGAGCCCCACCGCGGCGUCCCCCGCGGACCCUGCCUGCGAGGCCGACUGUAACAGGAUGCUGGGGCCCGAGGCGCUCGCCCCUCGCUUUGUGCGAUGGAAAAGAACCAAUAAGGAACGAGGCAAAAACUGGGUGCAGUAAACCCGAAAAGGGGGCGAGGAGGCCCGCGGGAAGAGCGGGGGAGGAGCGAGGGAGGAGCCGGCGCGGAGCGGAGCGGCGCCCUGACAGGAGAGGGGCAGCCGGGGGAGCGGGCCUCGGAGCCAGGGGCCGGCGCGGGGAGGCGGGCGCCAGCCGGGGUGGCCGGGCCGCCGCGCGUGACGUAGCGCCGGGCAGGGCGUUAUCAGCGGCGGGGCCGCGGCCAGGGACGCGCGGCGACAGCGGACGGCGCCGCCCCGGCCCGGACGGCUGCAGCCGGUGGCCGCGCGCGGCUCCCGAGCGCUGGUGGCCGCUGCGCCCGCCGCAGGGCGGCAUGAGCCCGCGGCCGCGGCGCUAGCGCCCCGCUCCUCCGCCCGGCGGCCCGGCCGCGCUGACGGGGGCUCGCGGCGGGGUCGGGAGCCAUGAAGCCGAGUCCGGCCGGGACGGCGAGGGAGCUGGAGCCGCAGGCGCCGGCCCGGGGCGAGCCGCGCGCGGCGGAGCCCGAGGGGCGCUGGCGGGAGAAGGGCGAGGCGGACACGGAGCGGCAGCGCACCCGCGAGCGGCAGGAGGCCACGCUGGCCGGGCUGGCCGAGCUGGAGUACCUGCGCCAGCGCCAGGAGCUGCUGGUCCGGGGCGCCCUGCGCGGCGCCGGGGCCGCGGGCGCGGCUGCGCCCCGCGCGGGGGAGCCGCCGGGGGAGGCGGCGCAGCGCAGCCGCCUGGAGGAGAAGUUCUUGGAGGAGAACAUCUUGCUGCUGCGGAAGCAGUUGAAUUGUUUGAGGAGAAGAGAUGCUGGUUUGUUGAAUCAGUUGCAAGAACUCGACAAGCAGAUAAGUGACCUGAGACUGGAUGUAGAAAAGACAUCUGAAGAGCACCUGGAGACAGACAGCAGGCCCAGCUCAGGGUUUUAUGAGCUGAGCGAUGGGGCUUCAGGAUCCCUUUCCAAUUCCUCUAACUCGGUCUUCAGUGAGUGUUUAUCCAGUUGUCAUUCCAGCACCUGCUUUUGCUGCCCCUUGGAGGCAAGCUUGACUAUCUCAGAUGGUUGCCCCAAAUCUGCAGAUCUCAUAGGAUGGUUGGAAUGUAAAGCAGGCCACUGUGAAGACCAGGCCUCAGCGGCAGUUUGCCGUUCCCCCUCCACACCACAAUUUAAUUCCCUUGAUGUCAUUGCAGAUGUGAAUCCCAAGUACCAGUGUGAUCUGGUGUCUAAAAACGGGAAUGACGUGUAUCGCUAUCCCAGUCCACUUCACGCCGUGGCCGUGCAGAGUCCAAUGUUUCUCCUUUGCUUGACCGGCAACCCUCUGAGGGAAGAAGAGAGGCUCGGUAACCAUGCCAAUGACAUUUGUGUCGGACCUCAGCUGGACCCCAUCAAGACAGACACUUCCUUACGAUCGCCAAGCAGCUUGUGGUCUGCUCCCCACCCUUCAUCCAGUAAGAAAAUGGAUGGCUACAUUCUGAGCCUUGUCCAGAAGAAAACACACCCUGUAAGGACCAACAAACCGAGAACCAGUGUGAACGCGGACCCCAGCAAGGGGCUUCUGAGGAACGGCAGCGUUUGUGUCAGAGUGAUUGGGGGCGUCUCGCAGGGCAGUAGUGGGAACCCUAAGAAUUCUAAACAGGCGCCUUUGCCCUCUGGUGGAAUCCCCUGUUUGGACAAUGGGACAUUCUCCCCACUGAAGCAGUGGUCAAAAGAAUCGAAGGCAGAACAACUGGAAAGCAAGAGGCUGCCCCCGCCAGAGUGCUGCUUGCCAGGCGCCGCCACUGACCUUCAGAGUAAGCAUCUGCCCAAAAAUGCCAAGCCAGCCUCCCAGGACCAUGGUCGGUGUCCCACCGCUGCGACAGGGGAGUCCCCUAAAGAAAGCAGUCAGAUCCCAGCUGCCCCUCCAAAAGAGAGCCCUGGGCGGGUCCCCGCCCCGCUGCAGGAGAGCAAAGUGGUCCAGCCGAUGAAGAAGGCGUCCCAGAAAAGCAGCCUGCAGGCGGCCCCUGCGGCGGCGCCCCCUGCGGGCCCCGCUGCGCUGCUCUCGUCAGCCUUCCCGGGGGGCGAGCGGCCGGCCCUGGAUCUCAAGAGCGAGGGUUCUUCUUCGCAGAGCCUCGAGGAAGGGCCUCCAGGGAGGGCGCCGUGCGUCCCGGGGCCGCAGCCCGGCGUCAGGCCGCCCCGGGGCAGCCGGGCCAUGGCCCCGAAGCCCCGGGCGCAGGCCCUGCACGGGCCCGAGGGCGCGCUGCCCGCCGUGAGGGAGAGAACCCGCGCGGCCGCCAAGAAGGGUCGGCCGCCCGACGCCGCGGAUACAAACAGGAAGCUCAGGAAGGCCUCGGCCAAGGGCCGCAAGGGCGGCGGCCAGGCCGAGGCGGCGCUCCCGGGCCGGCCGCUGGGCGCCGGGCACCGGGCCGGGGGCAGGGCGCACGGGCACGGCCGUGAGGCGCUGCUGGCCAAGCCCAGGCACAAGCGGACCGACUCGCGGCGCUGGCGGCCGGCCGCCGAGGCGUCCUACGAGGAGGCGCUGCGCAGGGCCCGGCGCGGCCGCCGCGGGAGCGCGGGCCUGUACGCGGCGCCGCCGCCCUUCGCCAGCCCCUACGCCUGCGCGGCCAGCGACUCCGAGUACUCGGCCGAGUGCGAGUCCCUCUUCCACUCCACCGUGCUGGACACCAGCGAGGACGAGCGCAGCAAUUACACCACCAACUGCUUCGGCGACAGCGAGUCCAGCGUGAGCGAGGGCGACUUUGUGGGCGAGAGCACCAGCACCAGCGACUCGGAAGAAAGCGGGGGCUUCAUGUGGUCGCCGUUCGUGCAGACCCUCCCUCUCCAGGCGGUCCCAGCCGCCGACCUGCACGGCAACCCCGCCAAAACCUUCGUCAAAAUCAAGGCCUCACACACCCUCAAGAGGAAAAUCCUGCGAUUUCGGUCUGGCUCCUUGAAACUGAUGACGACCGUCUGAGUAACAUCAUUGGUGUAGAAAGUGUUUUUUCCUAGUUACUGAAGAACAGGUGGCGUCUUAGUUUUUGUGUCAUAAUUUCACGGAAUGCUUUCCUUUUGUUAAAAUAAAACCGAGGUAAAUUAUGUCUCAUCUUCGUCAUGUGUGGACACUAGUGCCUUGAAUGGAAGGUAAAGAAUGUUUUGCUGGUUAGAAGUAAAUACCGAGUUUUUAAUGGUGGUGAUAGUGAAGGAAUUUUGUGGUAUCAGGUGAUUUUUACUUUAAAUGUUCUGAGCAUCUGUGAAGGCGCGGGUUUUGAUGUUCAAGUCUGGUUGGGAUGAGACCUUUUGAUCUGAAGGUCAGGUAGAUGGAAUUUCAGGACACACAUUUGCUUCUUGGUUCUUUAGGGCAGUGUCUCCAUGAGGGUUUUUCUGUGGAGGGGCAUUACGUACACCUGUGUGAAUUAGGUAUGAGGGACAGUCAUUGUUUUCUGUAAUUUUUUUAAUAUAGUCUACAUCUCUCAAAUGUAUCCCAAUUCUGUUUUCUUCUCAGAACUGUUUGGCUUACUGGACUCAGAACUUGAAGACCAGACCCUAAAUCCAGAGAGCUGGUGACCUGGAUAGGGAGCUGGUAAUAUCUUAAAAGGAUUCACUAAAACUUCUGCCACACUUGGUGCCUAGGCUCUGGUUAUAGUAACCCCUUCUAGGGCUGUUUAUCCACCAUUUUGAUGCCUUUCUCCUUCUCCCUAAUUUGCAGCAGAUCCAACCAUUCUUCCCUUGGAGGACUUGCCUUUGGGAUAAAAUUUUGGCCAUUGGGUACAGAGAAAUUCCCUCUUAAUGAAGUAACUCUUGGGCAUGACUCCAAGCCCGGAAUUGCUCACUGAGCGCUGUACCACCUAAGCAUUGGCCCGAACACACUAGUGCAAUCCAGUCCAGAUUGGACCACUCACCCUGUCUGGAAGGGCUUUUUUUUAAAAAGAAAACUUUUUGGUAAACAGUGUUGUGUAAAAUUGCCUUUUUUAUACCAAUAUAUGCAUGUUUUUUGCAUGGGUAGUAUUUGUUUUGAUAUUCCUGUUGAUGUUAAAUUGCUGUAUGAUAUAAACAGUAUGUGUUUUUAUAUAUCAUUGUGUAAAUUUAAUAUAACACAUUAUAUACUGUAAUAAACGAUUUGUUUUACUGCU